AUGAACCAGGAUGAUCAAAAACCACCCGAAACGCACACAGGGGAUAAUACUCCCCUAGAUUUGAAAGGCAAAGGAAAACAUACAACGAAAGACGAGUCCAACUCAGUUGCCGACAGACUUCAGGCUUCCGGGAGACUGGUUCUUGAUGCUUUUGGUAGCGGCCCAGAGCUGAGCGGCCAACAGUCAGCGAGAAAAGCUGACCCAAGUGGCAGCAACAUCAACAGCAUUGGCAAGAUCUCAUCGAGUACAGGUGAAGCAUCCUCACACAAAUUGCGAUCAUCAACCCAGGCUGCAAGCUUGCGCUCAAAGACAAAUCUGGAUUCCGGACCUUCUGUACAGGCAUUCAACGACUUUGUUAGUGCCGACACCACGCUGGAUAUCGACAAUAACAAUGUCAACCUCAAUCAAGAAGCACGAGAUCAAAUGUCCCACCUGAAAGCUAUACCUAAAUCACAGGAUGUCAGUCAACAAGAGAAGCUGGAUGGUGCAGCCGUUGUUAGCCUGCUGGAUGGCCAUUCGGAUGAACUCGAUGCUGUUUUGGUCGGAGCUCAUGAUCCGAUUGCCGAGAAUGAUAGCGAUACCCUCACACCAGAAGCGGCAGCCAAGCUUCGGGAAGCUCUCUUCUCUGCUAACUCGCCGUCCUCUGGUUCCAGGCUGGACGAUCUACUAAACUUCAACCCUGAAUUCCUAAACCAGCCAGGAUCUGAGGCAGAGCUUGAACGACAGCUCUACCUAGGCACAAUUGAUCCCGAUCAAGCGAGAAGCAGUUGGCUACAGCAGUGGGGCAACGUACUUGCUGGAUAUACCGACCAUGUCUGGGGUGAACUUGAACCAUUAAUAGUUGAGGCCCGCAGGGAAGUCGAAGAGUCCAAAGCUCGAGGCCCUGAAGUAGUACCCGAGGCGAAAGCGCUGGAUCGAUUGCGGCAGGUCCUUGCACAUGUUCGAGGGUACUGA